AUGAAACCGUUGACAGUUGGUUGGGCAAAACAAACAGAAAAAAAGAAGAAGCAAACCUGCAAGCAAAUCCACCAAACCAUCAAAAUCGAAGACCAAACCAAAAACAAAGGCACAAAGCAUCUUCAACCCCCAAUUCCUAUGCCCAGCUAGAGUAGUAGACAGGUUGGUAGAUCCUCCUCCGCUUCUGAUCCUCGAUCAGUCUCGGUCUCAUCAUGUGGCGUUCUCUCUGGCGAUCCAUCGAUCGCUUCUCUCUCCAGUACUUCAAACACAUAAUCAAUGAACUGCAGCAAAUCAAAGUUGUGGAUAGGCAUAACAGGAUUUCUCUCUCUCUUUUCUGUUUCUGCUGUGCUCCCUCUCUACCAGGAAUUUGUCAUAGAUUUACUACAGUCCAUAGUGGAGCUAGUUACUUAUGGCGAUAGACAAGAUCCACUGAUUUUCGAAUGCUUUAUGGAAUACCAAGUUUUAGCAGAAUUUGUUCGUGUGCUGAAGAUCAGUAGAAAUUCAAGAAUUGAGGCACCAUUGCUCCAGUAUCUGAGUAUAAUGAUUCAAAACAUGAAUAGUGAACAUUCAAUUUAUUAUUGUUUGAGCAAUGACUAUAUCAACUGCAUUAUUGGACAUGAGUUUGAAUUUGAAGGAGACCUAGCACUAUAUUAUGUAUCCUUCUUGAGAGCAGUGAGCAACAAACUAAACAAGGACACACUUUGCCUUCUUCUGAAGGUUCAUGGGGAUGCUGUAGUUUCAUUUCCCCUGUAUUAUGAGGCUCUCAAAUUUUCCCACCACCGGGAAAAGAUGAUUCAGACAGCUAUCCGUGCAUUAACUCUCAGUAUAUAUAAUGUUAGUGAUGAUAUGGUUUAUCAAUAUAUAACUGGUCCUCCAGUCUCAAAGUAUUUCUCAGACUUGGUUGCAAGCUUAAGAGAGCAAUUCUUUCAUCUAGAUUCCCUUGUCCAGGCAACUAAUGGGAGGCUUACAUAUCAGAAGAGAGAAGAACUUCUUUUGGAAACGGAUGAGAUCAUCGACGAUUUGUAUUACCUGAAGGAUAUGCUUGGUAUCGGUGACUCCCGUUUGAGUAGAGUAGUUAUGGAAAAUCUUCUUAGAGUAUUGGUCUUUCCCAUACUACUUCCACUACUGCAGUUGACGCAGAUUAAUGGCUCAAAUUUAUCUGUAGUCACGUCUUUCUAUACUGUUUCUCGUCUGCUUCAAGUCAUUGGUGGAAAAGGCAUGUUCGACUCUGUGGCUGGAAUCAUUUUAUAUCCUUACAUGGCCUCAAGUGUGAGAGUCUCUAUUGAAAGGGACUCAACAGAGAGCAUUGGUGAUGCUAAAUCUAUAUUCAACCAAUUGAGUGACAUGGAAAAAGUAGAAUCUUCUGAUUCUGAGGCUGAAGGAGCAGAAAGAAUUAGCUGCCCCAGAGAUACUAUCCCUGUCGACAGGAAUGGAAUACUAGCUCAUAUUUUCUCGGAGAGUUAUAGUCUAUUGCUAUCUUCACUGUUUGUAUUAUUUAUUUUAGCAGAAGCAAAAGAUCUUCAUCCACUGCUCUUUCGAAUGAUUGGAUUAAGUGGGAUGCAACAUAUGCUUGCAACAGAUGGAAAUACUGGAAAUAUCAUUGUGAUAUAUAGGGAUCAGAUUUUAAAUGCAUUAUUGAAGGUUUUAGCAAGUCAACCACCUUUCUCUAUACUAAUACAAUGGCAUACAGGGUGGUUCUUGCGGAAGCUAUUGAUUUUUCAAGGAAAAGGUCUUGGUUGUCAUAACACCCAGCUAUUCAAUGCCUCAUACCAGCAGUCUCGUGAAUACCUUCAAAAGGAACUUGAUGGAUGCUGGUUUGAUCAUAUCCCUGAGGUCUUAAGAAAUGAAUGGGCAGGCUGUAAAGCAGCUCUGGAGGAAUCAUCCCAAUGUAAAGAUCCUUUUUUUGUCUUAGAGCUUGACUCUAGCCAACAAAAUACUGAUGGUGAAACAACGUCCUACCUUGCGUGGCAGAGGAUGGUCGACACUGUGAAGGUUUUCAUUCUACAUCUUCAGCUUAAAUCAUGUAUUCUCAAAGGAGAACUGCUUGAAGAACCUAUGCUGAACUUAAGCAGUGCAGUGGCUGACUCUGGCAAAACCCAUGCUUCAGAUGUUGCAUCUGCAAGCUUUGGGUCAGAGGUUCCUUUAGGAUCUGGAAUACCUUGUCGAAUCGCAUUUUCCAAUGCAGGAAUUCGGGAUAUCUACUUGAUACCUGUGGCAAGGAAAACAUCAGGAAAAUUACUUCUUGCAGAGAAGCAUCCUUUCCGCAGUCAUCGAGGAACGGUACUUGCUAUUGCACCAUUGGCUGGGUCGAAUCCGAAGGUAGAUGAGGACCAUCCAACAUGGUUGCAUCUUCAGAUAAGAGAGUUCGAACCAAAAUUCCGUACUAAAUUUAGAGGAUAUCAUGCAGCGAAGUCCAAUCACAUUGUUGAUGGCAGAUGGACGCUUGGUUUUUCAGAUGCAAAGGCUUGCGCGGCUGCUAGAUCAUCAGUACUUGAGGAAACUCGGAAGCUGAGAUCCUCUGUUGAGAGCUUACUUGCUCCUCUACUGCAAAAUAACUGUCUAGGAAAUUUAUCAGAGAGCGAAGAUGACUGAAUCAUUGUUUUUUUUUUUAAUGGUUGUAAGUUAGCUCGCAACAACUUCAAUUUAAUAGUUGUCUUUGUUUUCUUUCCGUUCAAUUUUGCGACUUCCCACAUAAGGCUGAGGUUCAUAAUAAUACAUCACCUAUCAUCAUCAAUCAUGCUAUAAGUAAAGUUGAGACCUUGUAGCAGUUCUAUUUUUCAACAAUACUGAAGACAGAAAUGUAUUAUAUCAAUUAGAUUAUUAGAAUACGUACAAAUAUGUAGAUUCAUAAUCAAUGGAAAUUCAUCUCUGUUAA